CGUACGACAUAACGUGUUUGUUAUCCGCGUAUCGGAUCCCUCGGAAAAGAGCGCAGCUCUUUCACCCCUUGCGAAAGUUUUUAUCAAUGACACAUUCGCUGAGAAUUCAUUCGAAUUGACCGUAACGAUAACUUCGAGGUACGCUGAGUAGACUCUACGCGGUAUCGAGCGCACAUUGUGCACACCGUGGGAAAAUCGUAGUAAAAUUUGAAAAAUAUUCGACGAUUUCGUCCACCGUUGCCAAAAAGACAAAAAAACAACAAAACAAAAAAAAAAAACUAUACCGAACGAAAUACGAGGAGAUUUCGAACGAAUGAGAAAAAAAAAAAAAUAGUCAAUUUCAACGAACCGAAUUCCACGUGUGCUCAUCGUGAUCGAUGAAUAAACGAUAAAGGAGAUCGAGGUGGAUUUAUAAACGAAACGGAAAAAAAUGUUUUGCCCCCUCGAUUGAUCGCAGUUAAAUCUAAUAAACGGACGUAAAUCACCCGGUACGCGAGUUGGUUGGCGCAAACGGUACGGGGUAAAUUUGAAACCAGAAAAUGUCGCUUCGACCUGAAUCGUUUCCUAAGGAUAAUUGAUAGAUCGGUUGACCCGUUCUUCUUUUCACGGAACUUUGACCAAGGAAUGAAACUCCGCCCCGAGACUGUCACCCCUGCGAAGGGAGCGUAAAGUGAAACGGUCGGUUGACGGAUCGCGCAUUCAUAUACCCACCUAAAUUGUUCCUUCCACGAGCUAAAAGGGACCGAACGGUGCGGCAAAAAGUGGUAUACGUGAAACAGUGUUCCUUGACUCGUUUCCCCUUUUCUCCCGAAUUACAAGGGUGAAGGGUGAGGAGAUAUCGGAGAGCCGUGGGUGCCGGUGCAGUGAUCCCAGUGUCUCUUCGGUGAGGUGACGACUGCGACGCCUCAGCUUGGAAAGGCGUGAUUCGCGAUGGGGUGCAGAGGCGCCGGGGGCGUCAGCGACGUCGUUUUUGCCGCUGGCAUCGUCUCGGCGUUCGCAAUGGUCAUUUUGCUAGCUCCGUGCCGCGCGACCAUAACCAAUCAAGAGAUAGUAACAAUGAACGACGCCCAGGCGGUCGCCGGCGGACUGGCCCAACUUCCUUGCGACGUCGAACCUCCCAUUUCUGGCGACAGACUCCACCUCGUCAUCUGGUACAAAGAGGGCUCGGAUACUCCAAUAUACAGCUUCGAUUCUCGCGGAUCAAUUUUACAACAAGCGACGCAUUGGCAGGAUCCGGGACUGGCGGGCAGAGCUUUCUUCAAACAUUCGGAAAGGCCAGCGAAGCUCAAACUCGAAUCCAUCACCGAAAAGGACACCGGUCUCUACCGGUGUAGAGUAGAUUUCAAACAAUCGCCGACGAGAAACAGCAAAGUCAACCUGACGGUGAUAAUUCCCCCCGAACGAUUGAGCAUACUGGACGAAGACGGGGAUACUCACAUUCAGGAUUACAUUCUUGGACCGUACAGCGAGGGUGCCUCGGUCAACAUCACCUGCGUGGCGACCGGAGGUCGUCCGCAGCCCCGAGUAACUUGGUGGGACGAGAGCGUUCUGUUGGACGACACUUUCGAAACUGUGGGUAACCGAAGUGUCCGUAAUGUUCUCCGAUUGGAGAAGUUGGAGCGAAAACAUCUUCUCGCCACACUGACGUGUCAAGCGUCGAACAAUAACAUGGUCAACCCCAUCGUCGGGACGGUGGCCCUGAACAUGAAUCUGAGGCCUCUCUGGGUGCGGUUACAGGGUGAAAAUCGUGCGCUCAGUGCCGGAACCACUUACGAAAUUGUGUGCGAAGUUGUCGGCGCUAGGCCGACGCCAGAAGUGACUUGGUCCAAAGGGAGCGUUCGUCUGAGAAACGCGAGGCAAACGGUCAGCCCCGACGGUAACACGACCACGAGUGUUUUGACCUUUAAACCGAGCAUAGAGGAUGCCGGAAGAUUUCUAUCCUGCAGAGGUAGCGUCCCUGCGAUCCCACAUUCGACCAUGGAAGAUGGCUGGAAACUCGACAUUCACCAUGAGCCUGUUGUAACUUUGGAACUUGGAAGCAAUUUGAACGCGAGUGCAAUAAGAGAGGGAAUCGACGUCUACUUCGAAUGCAACAUUAAAUCCAAUCCGUGGGUCUCCAAAGUAUCCUGGCGUCACGAUGGCAAGCCUUUGUACCACAACGCAAGCGCCGGUACAAUAGUCAGCAACCAGAGUCUGGUGCUGCAAAGUGUGACGCGUAGCAGGGCUGGAAAUUACACGUGCGUAGGUAGCAACCAUGAAGGUGACGGUACUAGCAACUCUUUGAGUUUGGACAUCAAAUUCGCUCCGGUCUGCAGACCGGGUCAAACGAAGGUUUACGGUGUCGGGAGGCAAGAGACCGUGAAGAUAAUAUGCGAGCUCGAGGCUAACCCGGCGAACGUUUCCUUCACUUGGAAGUUCAACAGCAGUAUGGAAGCCGUGGAUAUUGCUCAAGCUCACGUGAGCUCCGACAGAGCAAGAUCCGUGGCAUCGUACACCCCCAUGACCGAACUCGACUACGGGAGUCUUCUUUGUUCGGGGACAAACGAUCAAGGAAUGCAAUUGGAACCCUGCGUCUACACGAUCGUUCCGGCCGGACGUCCGGACAAUCCGCACAACUGUUCCGUACUCAACCAGACGACGGACUCGCUCCACGUCGAAUGCAGCGAGGGUUUCGACGGCGGUCUUCCUCAGGAAUUCACGCUGGAGAUGGACCUCGAGGUAGCGAACGACGUGCUAAAGGCCGGCUCGUUGGUCUACAACUACACGAGCAAGACGCCGAUAUUUUCCGUAGGAGGACUCGACCCCGGUUCCACUUAUCACGUAACCCUGUUCGCCAGCAAUUCCAAGGGGCGUAGCGACCGUGUGCGACUGAAAGCCACCACGCUGAACCUCCCCGAACGACGAACGGCAGGUGAACGACUGACGCGUCCGCCGUCACCCGAGAACUGCACCAUUCGCGAGGAGAGUCGAACAACUGUAAGGGUCAGCUGCGCGGAGAGCGAAUACUUCGACCCGAACACGGCGACCUACGUCCUCCAAGUGUUCGACGCUGAAACGCGACUACUUCUCGCAUCCGCGACCAGCCUCACGCCGAGCAUCCUGGAGGUCACCAAUCUUCCCGCCGAGAGGAGCCAAGCGGGACUCGUUCUCUCCCUCAGGAUAAUGACUUCUCACGCCACCAGCGAUGCCACCGUGCUCCACAGUCAGCAUUUCGUCCAGGAAGGCGAAACCCUCGAACAUCAACGUUACCCAGCUCUGACGCCCGUAAUGCUAUCUCUGUCGGGUCCGUUGCUUGGAGCUGUCGUGGGCGCAGCUGCCGGCCUGCUUUUAGUCAUAUUCGUGAUAGUCCUGGCGGUCCGGCUUCGGUACAGACCUCGUCCUCAGGACGACAAAGACUCGCACGACGACGGAGGGAUGGCGAACCUCGCAGCCCCUCAUGAGAAAACGUCCAGCCUCCCUCUGAACACCGACAGCAUCGAGAGCUUCGAGAAAAAUCCCGACAUCAUUCCCCACGCAAAUGAAGGAUCUUACGCUGAACUUUGCAAAGGUACAUCGCCCCGUUUUAUCCUCCAACAACCCCGAAUGGAGCAGCCGUCGUUCGGUAGCGGAAACAACGUAAGUUUCCGCGCAAUUUCUUCUCCUCAAAAUCCGUUCGAUACGACGAAACGUCUAACGAACGAUUAUACGACGUCCGUGAAACCGCAGAGUACCGAGUUGACGUACGCUGAGCUUUCUUUGAGAAGUGGAAGACGUGUUCCUCCGAAUUGUUACCAACCAGUUCCUGUUUCGAGUGUUCAACGCCCUCAACUGCUCCCGAUGUCCACUUUGACUCGGCGUCAGCAGCCUCUCCAGGAACCGACGAUCUACGCACAAGUCGCCGCAGGGAAAUCUGUUUACAUUCCACCGCCGCAUCCCUAUCUAACGAGGGGCGUUGACGAAACUACUGCGGAAACACCUCUCAUCGGUCGCGAGAACAAGAUAACAACGAUCACAGAAUCGGCAAAUUCUUUGUGGCGUUCCGCCACCCCACCAACGUCGAUGGCACCGGCCACGUGACUCUAUAAAACCGAGCUGUAAACUAAAGAAAAAAAAGGUAAAAAUUUUGCGGUGCAAUCAAUUGAGCACUUGGUGAUACAAUGACGGCUAAACAUCCCUGAGUGAUUCAGAUAUCAGAGAGCUAAUUGAAGUCCACCCAAAGUAAAUGGGAUAACGUCAAAUUACGAUCCCAUGAAAUUUUCUACCACCAACAACAAACGAAAUGCAGAAAUAUCUGACCUUCGUGGUUUGAGGCGGUUAAAGAAAAGAGAAUCAUCAGCCUGUCGGGAAUCGUCGUGAUCCAAUCUACACAUCUUACGAUCGUUAAAGAGUUAAUUUUCGAAUGUUGAAAAAGGAUUUAUUUUCUUUCCUUCUCCAAUUUUCUUUGACCACGUGCAGAAGAUGAAGAAGAAGACGUACGGAGAAGACGUGAUCCCAAGUGAUCAUAUAAAAUGAAACGCAAAAUAAUCGGAAACAAAGGAAGAAGAAGAGGGAAAAAAGGAGAUUACAGCUCUACAGGCAAAUUUAUUAUGUCGGGUGGUUCACCAGUGCGCCACCACGAUGUUCGAAAUUACAGGAAUUUGAUUCUCCGAACGAUGCGUAGAACUGAAUACUACGGCGUCGGAGAUGUCUAAAGUUUUAACCACAAAUGGUACGAAGGGUCUGACAAAGUUCUUUGCCUCAAAACAUUGCGGUUCACCGGAUUACUAGGGCUCAAGAACUUCACGAUUAGGUGGUGGAAGAUAGGACUAAACCGAGCCAUAUACCGGGGUGAUUACAUCGAAAUAAAAUUCCGUCUAUAUUCUACACAGUGAAAUUUGUCGAACGGUCGAUGAGAAAAGGAAUGGGAAGAAAACCGAGAUUACUUCGAUCAAAGUGAACGCAUAUUUCGUCAUUUGAUCUACGCAGAGACAAACAGUUAUAAAUGUAAAAAUAAAAGAUAUAUAUGUAUACAUAUAUAAUAUAGGUACAUAAUAUACGUAUUUACUUACUGCGCGCGUGUGUUAGUUGUUCAACAAAUAUAUUAUACCUAGGUAUUUAUAUAAUACAUUAAAGAAGAAAACAAAAUAUAUUUAAGAACGAGUAGCGAGAAGAAAAACGAAAAAAAUUGAAAAAUUAAAUAAAAAUGAUGUUUCCAAUACGUGUUUGUAAAAUAAUCAGGGUGUAGGCUUAAGAUGUAAGUUCGGAAAGUACGAAGGGUGGAAAAAGGUCGGAAAUAUGAAAUGAAAGUAGAAAAAGUUAAUACCGUAGAAAAAUAAAAUAAAAAAAAAGGUACACAGAGGGAGAAAAGGAAGAGCAAAGCUGCUGUUACCGGGUCGACUGUCUUGGGAAAUAAACCGAAUAAAGAGAAAAGAUUAAAGGGAAAAAGAUACAACAGGUUCUGCAAAGACAAAUGGUAAAAAGAUUAGACAUUCUGUCUGAAGAUAUACGUACACAUAAGUUAUAUCUCUAUCCAACAUUCUAUGAAAGACUUUACCGAGUUAUACUUAAUAUUACGACGAAUUAUAGGAAGUAAAUUUAAUUUUAAAAACAGUUUUGAAUAAGAUACAAUAUAUACA